ACAGCUAGGCCACAUUAUUCGACCCCGUCAGUGAGCGCUUGUGCGAUUUUGCUCAACCCAGAGAUUCAUACAGAGGCCUACGCUUGAAAAUACAUUUGAAUCCUAAUUCAUGACGAGUUUUUCUGGUCCCCAAAUGCGGGUUUAGUUUCGUCUGUGUGCAUGAGCUGAAGUGCAUUUCAAAUAAUUGCAUAAUUGGCGCAAGAAGAAGGUCCAUCCGUGCGAGAAUGAAUAGAGAUCAACGCUUCCUGAUUUAGAGAUCGACUGAAGUGACAUCUGGCAGAACAGCAGAGGCUCAGCACACAAGGACAGGGAAUAGGAAUAACACCAGGAACUCCCCCAUAUUUGCGCCUGUCUGAGGACAGAUAUAUGUCGUACAUGACGCAUUUGUAGAGAACAAACAGGUACUCCAUCCAGUGGCACUGUGAGUUUAGAGGAGCAACGGCAGGAUGUCAGCCAGAGGAGGAAAGAAGAAGACCACCAAGCUGUCUCGCUCUUCGCGGGCAGGAGUUAUUUUUCCUGUCGGGAGAAUGAUGCGUUACUUGCGCACAGGAACCCACAAGUAUCGCAUUGGCAUGGGCGCCCCUGUGUACAUGGCAGCUGUCAUUGAGUACCUGGCAGCUGAGAUUUUGGAGUUGGCUGGAAAUGCAGCGAGAGACAACAAAAAGGGGAGAAUCACUCCAAGACACAUCAAGCUAGCAGUGGCCAAUGAUGAAGAACUCAAUCAGCUGCUCAGAGGGGUGACCAUAUCAAACGGUGGAGUUCUGCCUCGCAUCCAUCCUGAGCUGCUCUCUAAGAAGAGAGGAGGCCGGGUGAAGGUGGAGACUCAGGUUGCCGUCCCAGAGAAGAGGGAGAGUCGGAUGAAAGGCAAGAAACCCAGCAAAAAGAGCAAAGGAAAACCAGGACGCAAGCCCAAAAAAAGCACAGAAAAUGACAAAGAAGCAGAUGCCAACACAACGAUGGAAGACGGACCAGGAGAGGGAUUCACUAUUCUGUCCGCAAAGAGCUUGUUCCUCGGACAGAAGCUUUCUCUCACAGAGAGUGAAAUCAGCAAAAUUGGAACAAUCAAAGUGGAGGGAAUCAUCAAUCCCACAAAUGCGGAGAUUGAUCUAAAAGAGGGAAUCGGUAACGCUCUCGAGAAGGCAGGAGGAAAAGAUUUCCUUGAGACCGUUAAAGAGCUGAGAAAAUCCCAGGGACCCUUGGAAGUCGCAUCAGUGGCAGUCAGCCAAGCCAAUGGGAUGGCAGCACGUUUCAUCAUCCACUGUCACGUUCCUCAGUGGGGCUCAGAGAAGUGCGAGGACCAGCUCGAGAAAACAGUGAAGAACUGUCUCUCUGCUGCUGAGGAGAAAAAGCUCAAGUCGGUGGCCUUCCCCUCGCUACCCGCCGGACGAAAUGGUUUCCCAAAGCAAACAGCAGCCCAGCUAAUACUGAAGGCCAUUUCGAACCAUUUUGUGUCAGCAACCAGCUCCUCUCUGAAGAACAUUUACUUUGUGCUGUUUGACAGCGAGAGUAUUGGAAUAUACCUGCAGGAGAUGGCCAAGAUGGACGGCAAGUGAUAUCCGGUCACGGGGUUUGAUUUAUUUGAAAGUGUAACAGCCUCGAUGCCUCUCUGUUUGAGCUUCUGUUUGAGAGCGACACGAGUUGAAAAGACAUAAGCUUGAGUAGAUAAUGCAUCCAGGCUAGUAGUGGAUUGUUGUGCAGCUCGGUGAAAGGUGUUGUAGGUGUAUGUUUUCGAAAACGGAUCAUUUGAAGGUGUUAUUUGUGAGUGACGUACUGUACACCAUUUAUGUUUCACCAUCUUCUCCUUUAAAGGAAAGACAUUCAUUUAGAGUAGAUCGACUUAAUCAUCGUUUGCCAUUUUUAUCCUUAGAUUGAUCUUGUUUUUACAUUCCAUGUUCAGAGUUGAACUUUUGACCGUUGUUUUUUGGCUAGAUAUAUAUGUGAUUUAUCAAGUUUUGGGUUAUCGAGGAAAAAAUGUGUUUCUUGUUCUGCUUUGAAAUAAAAAAAUGUUUUACACCACAGUCCAAGUUUCUUUCUUUCAC